UAACUUUUUAAAGUAAAAUAAAUAUUUUUCACCGCUUCCAACCUGGUCACACUGUUUUACAGUAAAUAAAUUAGAUGCGUCCUUAUUCGCAACAUUCCUUGCGAAAAGAAACGUACAAGAAGUGUUUAAAGCGGCUUAAAUAUACAUUAUAUGAUUUACCGCACUCCUUCGGAAGAAAAUAAUACCCGAAAAUACAUUGAAAUCCAACCUGAAAAAGUGCUUAUCUGUAGCCCCUGUUCUGGCAAAGCUGCAUGUGGUGCUUGUUCUGUUUGUUUGGUAUUGCUAAAAUAACUCGUUAUUUAAGAACUUGAAGUUAUAGUAUAAUUGCGCAGCUUUUGCUUUGGCAUUUUGUCCAACAGACCAGGCAGAAUCCAUCGCGAAAGACGCAGCAAGUAGCAACGUUUGUAAAUCGAGAAAGUGCUUGGGGACGCGGUCGCAGUCGCAGACUUUUCCGGCGGGGGCUUCUGGCUUAACCAAUGUGGCACUUCCAAUGAGAAAUCAAUUGCAAGGCGUUGGAUGCUCUCAGUAUUGGUUAUUGGCGAGAUAGGCCCCUAGGCAGCAAUAUUAGGCACUGGUACCCAUAGUUCCGAUCAGUCCGAAUUAAACCCCUUCCGAUUUAGACUUAACCACACAAUGGCGGAGAAGGUGAAGGCCGAUUGUCCCGUUUCUGGACAGGAUCGCAAGAGGCCCCGGCUGGAGGACGAGGAGCAGGAGCUGAAGGUGGCCGGCUUUUCUCUAAGCGCCAUCGAGGAAAUGCGACAGACCCGGGACAACGAGCUCCAGAACGAACCAAUGGACCAGCAACUCCGUCAGUUCCAAGUCCUCGAUGAAGUCGGCUCUAAUAGCGAUGAGGAUGAGGAGUCAGACGACACCAGCGAGCAGCAGGGUGGGAGGUACGGCGAAGGAGGUGACGAAGAGGAGGAGGCGGCGGAUGGCGACGGUGACGAAUACGAUUCCUCGGAAUUUGAUGACGAGGAGAUCGAGAAUCUGCUGGAUGAGAAGCUGCCCGACGAGUUGCGCGAGUCCAAGCAGCCAAAGUACGAGCAGCGGUUUAAGACUGUGCUCGAAGAAAAGCGUCUGAACCACUUUGAAGUGCUGCCGGAGGGCUGGGUGCAGGUGACCCACAACAGUGGCAUGCCGCUCUUCCUGCACCGUAAAACCCGCGUGUGUUGUGCCUCCCGACCUUAUUUCCUGGGAACGGGAAGUGCCCGCAAGCAUGCCGUGCCCUUGGGAGCAAUUCCCUGCCUCAACUACAGGCGGGCCUUGGACGAGGAGUCGGAGGUGGAGCUGCAGAAACCAGAUGGGACUCCUCCAGCAACUGUGUGUCCCAUAACAGGUGCUACAGCUUCACUGGCAGAGCCCAUGGAUGUGGAGGGAAAAGAGAACAACGAAGGCAGUUGUGACCCCAAAUCCCAGCCAGAGAGCUUAACUGCUAUAAUGCCAGCUGCCAAAAUCGUCACGGUUAACGAAAAUACCCAAAAGGAGUCCAUAACACCGGAACAACUAAACACCUACUGUCAAAAACUGUUCAAAUUCAAGGUAAUCCGUGUGCUGCGCUUUAGGAGUUGGAAUGCCCGCCGCAAGUUCACCAAAAACCGCAAGCACAUCAAGAAUAUUCAACGCCCCACACUGCCUGAUGGCACUAAACUCAUUAAAUUUCCCAUUUUGGCUGCGGCCGGCGAAGGAUCAACCAAUUCGCGUGGUCGGAAGGAGUGGAUCAUGAACCCCAACGGCAAGAGCUUCGUCUGCAUUCUACACGAGUAUGUGCAGCAUGCUCUGAAAACGCAGCCUACCUAUGAGUUCAAGGAGCUACAGAAUGCAGCAACGCCUUACUCGGCCACCGUGUCGGUGAAUAAUCUUAAGUACGGAACGGGUUAUGGUACCAGCAAAAAGCAGGCCAAGUCGGAGGCGGCCCGGGAGACGCUGGAAAUACUCAUUCCCGAUGUCAAGGACAAGAUAACGGGCAACAACAAGGACCAAAAGAGUGGCACCGCUAAGAAAGCCCAGAGCGAUCUGUCUGUUUUCGAUGACAUCCGCAUUGAGGAUCCACGAGUCACCGAAUUUUGCAAUAAGACUACGGAACCUUCUCCCAACGCCAUUCUGCUGACUUGUUUACAGCGCAACUACGGCAGCGAUGUGCAGAUUAACCAGGAGAUCAAUCGCACUGCGAACAACAAGAACGAGUUUACCAUGACCGUGGGCAAGCACACUGCCAAAGUAGUUUGUAAAAACAAGAGGGAAGGCAAGCAAUUGGCUUCACAGGCUAUCCUCCAGAUCCUGCAUCCGCACAUCCAGACCUGGGGUUCUUUGCUCCGCCUCUAUGGCAACAAUUCGAUAAAGACCUUCAAAGAGAAGAAGCUAGAGGAACAGGAGAUAACAGUGCUGCAAAGCAAAGCGGCUGUGAACCAGCCCAACUAUGCCAUCCUAGACAAACUCAAAUCCGAGAUGCUUAAGCUGUGCGCUAAGCAGGAAAGUGUCCUUACCAUGGGCACCUUUGUGCCGCCUAGCGAUGUCGAUCUGCCCACUUCCUCAGGUUCUAAUCUAAACAACGUCGAACUCUGAUUGGGGCACAUAAAUUCUCUCUUACCAACUUCGAUUUUUUAGUAAAGCAUGACAAUGUUCCAGUCUCUUAGUUACCCAGAUUCAUUUUUUCAAAUGCUUAUGACAACAACGCCGCGUUCUCUAGAGGCCCAUGAACUGAUUUGAAUACAGCCUUCAUCAUCAAAGCAAUAGUAGAGAGCCAAUCUGAACUGGCCAAUAAUGAACAAUUACUCAUCAAGUGGCUUUAACAAGCGGCCAAAAAUUAAGAACAAUUACUUAUCAAGUGGCUUCACGUUGAGGUAAAUUCAUAAUAAAAUUUGCCAAAUAUUAAUUAUUCAUGUUUGCAAUAGUUAAGAUGAGGGUUAAAAUUUCAUAUUAUACAGAUAUAAGCUUAAAUAAAAUAUAUUUAAAAAAUCUA